AUGGUCAUCACUGGCACAACACCACCUGGCGCUGAAGCCCCGACACCGCCACCGGCUGAGGGGCCAACGCCGCCGCUUGACUUAGGCGCAGGGCCACUUGUAUUCGUCUGGCGCCGCUCAGCAUGGUGCAAGGAGGCCCACUUGACCGUAGAGAACUUGGUUCACCAAUUCGGCGGCCGGCUCGUCGACACCGGCACCCAGUCAGAGGACGACAAGGUGUUCGGCGUGUUCGUCAUCGUCCCCCGGCUGUUUGAGUGGAAUCUAGCAAUCCCCGAACUGGAUGUGAAGGAUAAUUUCGAAGAAAGGGCGCACAAGUACUGCAACACCAUGUCCAUGUCUCGCUGUUUGAUCAACCGCCGCUCGCAGCUCACCCGGGUGACGACAGAGUGGCUGGAAGCCUGUAUGGAGAAGGGCAAGAUCCGCAAGCCUGAACGCCCCAACGGCCAGUUGCGACUCUACCCCUCUACCACAGAGGAUCGGGCGACUUGCAAGAUGAUACUUCGUCGGCUUGCCAAGUUCGAGAAGACGCACACAGACAUGACAACUGCGAGCAAGACAGCGAAUGAUGACGGAUUCUAUGCGUGGCACGCAAAGAUGUACGAGAAACCCCAGAUGGGCAAGAACAAGAAGGGGGUGAAGACAGCCCGCACCGUUUGUAAAGAGUUUCGACUCUGGUUUGAAAAGGAGAGCGCGUGGUUCGCAAAGAGAAAACACUACCGGCGCAACGAGGGGGUGGUGGCCGAACCUGAUCACACAGACCUCUCAGAGUCGGACGAAGAGGACUCUUCUGGGGAACAGCCGGUCAGCAACCGCAGGAACCGGCCGGAGGAAUCCAAGAUUUAUAAGCUGCGUUCUCGGGAGAAGGAGAAGAUGGCGGCCCUCAGUCGAUGGACCAUGAAGUCUUCCUCGCCGUUCCUCGAUGGCAUUUCGGCACAAGAGGCGUACACGUUCCUCAACAUCGGGCUUGUUGAGUCGGGCGAGGGCACUGUCGAGCAGGUGGUGGUCGCCUAUGUCGCCAACCGCCUCGAGCAGACCGGAAUGCGUGUCGACAGUGUUCCAAGUGAGCUGGUGGAGUUUCAGUGCGGUCCCUCAAGCCUGGAGCCCAACCUGAGGACAGACAUCAACUUCUCCAUCCUGGGCAUCAAACUCACUGUCCAAGGACGCAAUGUCGUCGUACAAGCUCUCCUCGAUCACUCAAGGAAGCGGAUGUGGUUGGGCCUGGUGACCACCAACAAGCCGACCGACGAGGAGAAAUCCGACAUAGCCAUACAGGCGAACAGGGAUGAGACUGAGCGUCAGAUUGGGCAAGUGUACCUCGGAUCCAAGCCCGCUGCUAUCCAUGGCACCAUUCAUGUUCUGGAGCGUGGACUGGAAGAAGACUGCGUUCCAGCUAAUCGCGUGAUAACGCUCUACCGCCUGGUGAAACAGUUGCCCAGGGCGACCGCCUCCCCCAACUCGGCUUGGCACACUGUUAUGGUAGACCAGCUCGACCUCGCGACCGCGGCAGCGUGGGUCCUCAUCAAAGUUUUCCGCGCGUGUGAGGGGCCGGCAGGUUCUCCACUCGAAGAGGCCCGGGGCAAGCAUGUCAACUCCGCGGGCAAGGGGCCGGCGAACGGUGCUGCAGAGGGCAAGGGUGAUGACCAGCACAAGGCCCGCGACACAGGUGAAGGCAACGGCACGUCUGACGACAUCCUCAACGCUGUUGACUCCCCGGCGGCGUCGACGACAGCUCAGCUCCGCGCCAAAGCGAGCGCGUCCCUUUCGAAAUCGAGCGCACCGGGUACCUCGCUAUCCAAGCGACCCCGAGCCGUCACCGACGGCGAAACCCUGAAACGUAAUGCGAGUGGUCGCCCGCCGCAGAAGAAGCACGCAGGGGAUGCGGACGACACAAGUGACGACGACUCCGAGUCUGAUGCGGUCGAGCAGACAAGCUCGGCGGAUCCCUCGGCGAGUGUUUCUAAUCAGCAUCAAGCAUCAAACACGCGCGCUGGGCGCCCAACCACAUCGCCAGAGGACGAGCCUGGGUGGGAGGAGGGCACCGCCGCUGAGACGAGCAAGGACUCCACCACGGCUGCUUGGGAUGAAGACGCUUGGUCCGUUGGGUCCAGGAGUACGCUCGACGACGACGACGAGCGUCAAGUCCCGCCCCUUGGGGGUGCUGGUGGAGCAGGAGGCGGGGAUGGAGGUGGUGGGGGCGGCGGUCCCGGUCAGAAUGGGGGUGGUGGUCAGAGUGGUAACGGCCGUAAGAGCGGCGGCGCUGGUAAGGUGGAUGAAGGCAAGGACGGCGGCGGGGACAGGAGCAACGGCCCCAAGAAGGACGGCGCGGGUCCCCCUGAGGGUGGGGGUAAGCGUGGUCCCUCAGGCAUCGGCGCCCAGCGCUAG